UUUAUUCAUCUACUGUUCUGUGCUUCACGGAGACCUGGCUGUCUGAACUGAUACCAGACUCCAAGCUGCAGCUGGCAGGCUUCAAACUGUACAGAGCGGACCGCAGAACUCUCUGGCAAAACAAAAGGUGGAGGUGUCUAUUUUUAUAUUAACAAUGGCUGAUGUACCAGUGUGUCAGUGAUUCAGCAGCAGUGUUCUCCUAAUUUGGAAUUUCUUAUCAUUAACUGUAAACCGUUUUACUCCGUUUUGCUUCAUUCACUCCGGUCGAUGUUUACAUCUCGCCGCACGCCAACGUUCAGGAUACUGUGUGUGGAGCAGACAAACCCGGACUCCCUUGUUAUUGUUCUCGGACUUUAACAGGGGAAAUCUCAGCCAAGAAAGCCCCAAAUAGAGACAGUUUAUUAAGUUAGCAGUGCCUAUCACGCCGUCACACAUGCUCCACUGGGACAGUCUGUUCACGUGAUGGUCCAUCUAAUUCCUGCUUACAGGCAAAAACUAAAGCUGUAUAAACCUGUAGUGAGGACAUCAAACAAGUGGACUAGUGAAGCUGUUGAGGACCUCCAGGUAUGUCUGGACUGCACUGACUGGGAUGUUUUCAAGAAUGCUACCAACAAUCUGGAUGAGUUACAGAGGCUGUGACGUCCUACAUCAGCUUCUUGAGGAUGGCUGCAUUCCAACACAGACCAGGGCUGAAUGGCAUAAGAAUCAAGGAUUCACCUGACAGACAUGAAGGACAUCCGUCCACAUCAAACACAAAGCUCGCUGUGUCUGAGGAGAACAAAGAGGAUCAGCUAUGUCCAGAUGAUCCAGAGAGACUGAAGCAGCAACAGCAGCUUCUGUGUGGAGAGCCUCUGAAUACAAAGGAGAAGUUAAGUUUCACACCUGAACUGCUGACUGAGUCUGGAAAGACUUCAUACAGGUUCAGGUGUCCUGGUCCAGGUGUGUUCCAGUGUGCUUUGACUGGACUGGUGUUUGUUGUGGCUCAGGAGGCGGAGCUGCUGUACUGGACUGUCCAAUGGGAUGAGAGCCUCCUCCAAUCAGCCGGCAAGACGGCUGCAGGGCUGCUGUUCAGUAUCAAGUGUCCUGAGAACGCUGUCUGUCAGCUCCACCUGCCACACUGUGAAACAAAGGACGCUCUGCUGCCUGAUGGUCUGCUGUCUGUCGUCCACAUCACUGAUGAUGGAAUGAGCAUCCUCGACCCGCAGGAGAUUACAGACACUCAUGUGGUUGUCAAAGUCCCUCACCUCUCUGCCUUCGGCCUAGUCUGGGAUAUCAUUAAGAGGUUGUGGACGACACCAGUUUGCAGCCAAGUUCUGCUGUUCCUCGGACCCCCAAACCCAGAAACACAGAGGCAAAAACUCAAAUUGUUUCUCCUGCCGAGCAACAUCCAUCUGGACGAGGUGAACAAACGACAGCAACAGCGACAUGCUGAGAACAUCGAGGUUCCUUCCACAUGCAUUCUCAUCGCAGAUGAAAGUUACACUGUCGACUGUCCUCAGGCCAUCAAAAUCCAGCCUAAGAAUGCACCUUUUAAACUGCAAUAUGGACCAAAUUACCACCCCACGUUUGAGAUCCGCCUGCCCACAAACACAGAAGAAGUGACUAUAAAGGUCCAAGACCAAAGAAAGACGGAGGUCUGGGAGCAUGCAGUUGAUCUGAAAGAUCCAGCUGUACGUGAAGAGAAUCCAGCGAGGCCUCAGAGUGGCUCCCCACGGAGCAGGUUGGCAUCAGUUCGGUCCCAGUUUGUAGAUUCAGUGUCUGAACCUGUUCUGAACCAGCUGCUGGAUCGGCUUUUGCAACGGGGCAUAAUAAAUCAAGAAGAAAUGGAUUCAACCAGAACCAGAACCAGGGCUGACGGGGCUCGAGCGGUGAUUGACAUGGUGCGAAACAAAGGAACAGAAGCCAGUUCAGCUCUGAUUGAGGACUUCAGGAAGUUGGAUCCACACUGUUCCAGAAAUCUGAAUCUGAGCUGAAGCAGAACUGAGACUCUGCAAAUGAAACAAGAAGACAUGGACGUCAGUUAACUGUGUAAAAAUACACAUGUUAAAGGAUUUAUCACUUAACAAAAUACAAAUUGGGUGAAAAGAAUAAAAAUCUAUUUCAAAUCAAUAUUUGGUGUGACCAAACUUUGCCUUCAAAUGGGAUCAGUAAAUGUAAAUCGGUAAACUUUCACAGUGAGGGACUUUUUAGGCACAUUGUCAGGUGUAAGAUUAAACAGGUGCUAAUGAUCAUAAAUUCAAUAUGUAUGUUGAAACACAAUCAUUACGUGAGAAACAGCUGUGUGGGAGGAAUACAACAGGUGAGGAACAGCUAAACUCAGCUAACAAGGUGCUGAAUACAGUUUCCUGUCAGGCAAACCUCAGAGCAAGACUGAACACAGCAACAAGACACAAGCAAGGUCUCUACCAGGGAUACAUUUCAAGCAGACAGGGGUUUCCAGAUGUGCUGUCCAAGCUCUUUUGAAGAAGCACAAAGAAACAGGCAGUGCUGAGGACUGUAGAUGCAGUAGUUGUCCAAAGAAACUUACUGCAGCAGAUGAAAGACACACCAUGCUUACUUCCCUUCACAGUCAGAAGACGUCCAGCAGUGCUUGAUACUUUUUUGUGUGGUGGGUUUUACAGUUUGUUUUACAUAUUUGUAUUAUAUUUAAUGUCUUUUGUGUUUUAUGUUCAGAGUCCCUGCAGGCUUUUCUCUCUUUGGAAAAACAAAAUUGACAUGAUCAAUAAAUGAGCCUUAAAUCGUG